AUGGCGACUAUGGCAGCUGCUGUUCGCGAUAUCCACCAGGCCUCCGACAUGGGUCGAGACAACUUAACUGUUGUAGCGGCUCGGAGUGUUCCUGCGACGACUGUGACACGAUCUCAAGCCCUCCCCACCCCUCCCAACUCCAUCUCGCCCUCUCUGCCGCCUCACGGCCUCAAGGCCCAGCUCCAGAAGGCCAGUCUCGAGCUCAUCGACUCUGAUCUGGACCUGCAUGACGACCCUAGUGGUCUCGCGCGCGAAGCCUCGCGGUCGCCUUCGUACGAUGCGACUGGUUCCAUCAGCACCACCUUGCUGGCCAAGCAUCACCUUCCCGAGAUCCUCCUCAACCACGGCCCUCUGGCCAUCCGCCACAUCAUGGGCUAUCUGACGACGUCGGUGCCAGGCUUUGCUGGGAUUCCUCCAACGAAGGCGCGCCGCUUGGUGGUCGGAGCUUUGGAGGGUCGCGGAGCUGAGGGUGGCGGCCUGGAUGGCGAUGUGGAGUUCGAGAAGGUAGGCUGGGGACGGUGGGAUGCCCGACGACGUGGUCAGCCUCCACGAGGGUCUUCGCCCCCGACCGACUACCGAUCCGGCAUCCCCAUUAACAAGAGUGGCGGACGUGGUAUGGACAGGUCCCGCCUGAACCUCGCCUCUUCUAGCGCCGGCGACUCGGUCGUCUUCUCCCACGACGAUCGCGACGCCAUGAUGAUGGAAAAUGAAGCGGACAAAAUGUCCCUGGAUGGCUCUGCCUCCGCCUCGUGCUCCGAGGCUCCGGACGAUGACGAUAUCGACAUGAACGAUGACCCAGAGGAUGCCACUGACGACGAGGACUGGGCUGCUGUAGGAGCCGCGGCUCUUCGUGCCGAGUCCUACAACACCGCUGGAGCUACAGCUCAGUCUGCCGGGCGCAGCUUUCUCGGCAUGCGCACCGUCUCCACGGGCAUGGCUCGCUCCCACCAACCUUUGACUUUCGACUUCUCAGCGCAUGGGGCCCCGUCUGACGCACAAGAGCGUGAUGCGGUGGAGGCUCUCCUGCGGCUGGGCUCUGUAUAA